AGGAACCUGGACCAAACAAGGCGGAAUUUCAGUUGCUUAUCCAUCAUCGAUAUGGGAAUUAUACCAUUCUUUCAGAACCAAGCUCUUAUCCCAUACUAUCUGAAGCCAGUCCACUUCGAGACACAGACUAUAAAAACUGCCGGUUGAAGGAACACCAGCAGUAGAUUGUUAUUAUUGCCUUAGCCAGUACAGCAUAUCUAGAAUGUUUCCUGCUGAUGCAGGGAUGAUGUACCACCUUGUGCGAUGAGAAGUAGCCUAACGUUUUCUCAGAACUGGAGAUGCGCAUUUUCUAAAUUGUCCUAGUUGAUUUUGGGAAAAUGCUCUGGACAAUUUCAGUGCUCUGUAUGUCUGUGGUGCUACUGUACAGUGUAGUUGGUGAGGCCUCCAGCCAGCCUCUGACACCCAGCCGAGGCACUGAGACAGAGGCCCUGUCUGCCCGCCACUACUACCACACAGACCCCAGCACAGGCAUUCAGCUGGUCUGUGACAAGUGCCCCGCGGGCACCUUUGUUUCCAGACACUGUACCCAGACCAACGUGAGGGAUUGCAGCCGCUGCGACGAGGGCACAUUCACUCACGGAGAGAACGGGAUUCAGCAUUGCCACCGCUGCAGGAGGCCCUGCCGCGCCCCCCUCGUUGAAAAGGUCCCCUGCACGGCCACCUCGGACCGGAUCUGCACCUGCCCUCCGGACACCUUCACCCAGGGGGACAGCUGCACGGCCCACUCCCUGUGCCCUGUGGGCUCAGGGGUUAAGAAGAGGGGCAACGAUGUGGAGGAUGUGCGCUGUAAGGCGUGCGCACGGGGGAGUUUCUCUGAUAUGGCCUCCAGUGUGUUGAGGUGCAGGACACACACAGACUGCCUGGCCCAGAGUCUGCCCCUACUGGCGGCGGGCACUAGAGAGACAGACAACAUCUGUGGACCUGCUUCUCCCACCUCCCCCACCCUCCUGGGACCUGCACAGUCUGCCUUCGUCCAGGAGCCCUCCCCUUCCUCCUCCUUAGCUGGCCCAGUACGUAAAGACAACUUCAGACUGACAGCAGGUGCUGAGGACUUAGAGCUCUUACUGAGUGCCACAGGGAUUCUACCCAGCCAUGGCCAGGAUUCCCCCCCAGCAGGCUCCUCCGAAGCCAGCCCCGAAGACAAUGGAGAGGUCCUAAACCUGGCCGCUACGCCUGAAGCCCAGGACUCCACACGGACUCUACCACACCACAAGUACUCUGUUCCCAGUGAUAACCACCGCACCCACCCGGCGGCCAAAAACCGGGCCAUGGAUGGCAUGGAGGAUGGAGCUGGUGUGGAAGUGGGCAGAUGGGUGCAAAGCUCAGGGUACAGGCCCACGCGGAGGGGCUCCCCCAGACCCAGCACUCAUACGCACUUUGACAUCAAUGAGCACCUGCCCUGGAUGAUCGUGCUGCUGCUGCUGCUGGUGCUGGUGGUGAUCGUGGUGUGCAGCGUGAAGAGGAGCUCCAGAGUUCUGAAGAAGGGGCCAGUCCAGGACCCCAGCAGCAUCAUUGAGAAGGCAAUCCAGAAGAAGACCUGCCCCCCGAGACAGACCAAGGAGAAGUGGAUCUACUACUCCAACGGACAGGGUGUGGACAUCCUGAAGUUGGUGGCAGCUCAGAUUGGCAGCCACUGGAUUGACAUGUACCAAUCCCUGGCCAAUGCCACGGAGCGUGAAGUGGCAGCAUUCUCCAACGGCUACCAGUCAGACCACGAGCGUGCAUACGCUGCCCUGCAGCACUGGACCAUCCGCGAUGGGGACGCCAACCUAGCCAAGCUCAUCAACGCCCUGCACCGCCACCGCCGCAUUGACGUGGUGGAGAAGAUACGGGGCAUCAUGGAAGACAAUCCUCAGUUUAAUCUGAACCAGCUGAUGACUGUGAAUGUAACCCCGAGCCACAGUCCUGUCCACAAGUCUUUGGAGUCUCCUGGGGUGGUGGUGGAGCAGUCUCCUGUGGACCGGACCAAGGGCUUCUUCCCCGACGAAUCAGAGCCUCUGCUCCGCUGUGACUCCACCUCCAGCAAAGACUCCGCCCUCAGCAGGACCGGCUCAUUCAUCACCAAAGAGAAGAAAGACACGGUGCUGCGUCAGGUCCGGCUGGACCCGUGCGACUUGCAGCCCAUCUUCGACGACAUGCUGCACAUCCUAAACCUUGACGAGCUGCACGUCAUCGAGGCGAUCCCCAUGGCAGAGGACAAACUGGAUCGCCUCUUCGAGAUUGCCGGGGUCAAGAGCCAGGAAGCCAGCCAGACCCUGCUGGACUCGGUCUACAGCCACCUGCCUGACCUCCUAUAGGCCCACUGCUGUGAUGCUACAGACCUAUACUGUGGUCAGGGGACGCCCCACUUCCUUCUGCUGCAAACCCCUCCUUUUCGGUGUGGCUACUUGGGUGUGGCUUCCUCCUCUCCCCACCCCCACAAAUACUCUUAGGUAAGCUAGUGAGAUGCUGCUUGAUUCUGGAUAGUCGUCUACACGCCUUCAUGACCGCCAAUCGGCUAUCCUCCAUUCCUAGCAGCCUGACUUAAUCCCCCACUAAUACCAUGGUCAGGGAGCCUCCCUUUUUUUCACCUUUAUUUAACCAGGUAGGCUAGUUGAGAACAAGUUCUCAUUUACAACUGCGACCUGGCAGUUGUAAAUUCUCUCUCUUCUCUCUCUAUGAUCCUGCACGCUCUCACCCCCAGGCCAGACCAUACAGCCACAUGCCUGACCUCUUGAAGGCCCCCCCC